GGAUGUUUGUACGCUUACCUCUGCUGCCACCUAGUGUAUUGGAGUGGGAUUUGUCUCAAACGCAAACAAAAUGCAGGAUGGAGAUGGGAUGAGAACAAACAAACGUGAAACAAAUGAGUCCUUCCCAUUGAAUGCACUGAAAACCCAUUACUAGCAUGGCAGGGUGUAAGGCACACAGUACGAACAUUUCAAAAUUAGCAGGCUCUGUUAAUAACAUGCACAGACAUACACGUAACGCAUUUUUUUAUUGUUAUACACAGAUAGAAUUACGUGGAAUUUCGUUCAGACUCCAGUGGUAAAAGUAUUUGGGAACUAUUUCCAGAACGAGGCUGAGAGAGAGCAGAGCUGAUUUUUCUUGGCAGUCUGGAGCUGUAGCUGUAGCCUAAGCAAAAACUACAAGUAUCAACAAGUAAUUUCCGGGUUUUGUAAAGUUAGAACUAAAAGUGUAAUAGCUAUUAAAUUAUUCUAUUUGUUCAAUUUCAACAUUUCAGUCAAAAUAUGGCAUUACUCAAAUUUAAUUUGAGUUCUAAUUAUUUUCGGUCCACAAAUCCUCCUCCUUUACUUCCUGCUUUAAAUCACUCCAGGACAGAUGAGGGCGCUGUGGGAGCCAAAACGAGGAAACUUUUUAAAACACUCAGAACAUCGGUUUCCUAGCAACGGAGACCAAACUUGAUGUAAACGACCUGUAGCUGUUCACCCGUGACUCAACACUAAAGGAUUCAAAGUCAUCGUUACCGCUUUAACCGUGAACACACAUAGUGUGCAUACAGAUACAUUCAGGUAAUCGGUAAGACUUUAAAAGUGGGCAAAGACUGAGAGACGAUGAGUGCUGGGCGGGCGUCAGAAGGAGCUGGCUGCAUCUCCUGGUGGGGCUUCAGUCCGGCUUUGGACCUUCUUAAGACAGGCCCCGUGACGAAACGAGAUGGCAACUUUAAUGUUCUACUAAUCGGCUGUGCAGAUCAACGACAUAUUUUAAAAACCAUUUCCGGGUUACAGAACGGCGAAAAUCUUAACAUAUGGGUUAUUGAAAACAGCAUGGAGGUGGUGGCCAGACAGCUCCUUCUCCUCUAUGUUGCGCUUAUGCCAAAGGAAAUAUUUGGAUUUAAUGAGAAGACGGAGCUUUACCUAGAAGUGUUUGGGAACAGUGAGAUUCGCUGUCAGACUGCAGAGAUGCUACGGCGCGCAGCAUCGCAGCUUUCCCUGUGUGUUACUGAGUCAAUGGAGACACCAACCCAUCCUUGUCUCAACACAACUCAUCUUAAGUUCAGGGAGCAGGAUGAGCUGGCUCGUAUAUUCAAGCUAUGGACGCAACCUCAUUCUUCAAAAUCUCUUUCGGAGGCUUCCGGUCUUUUGCCUAUGUCGAAACUCUGGGACAAUCGCGUGAGGCAACAUCUCGGGACACGAUAUGACUUCAGGAAAGGCUGCUUUGACUGGGACCUUACAAUGAAACUCCAUGAGAAAGGGUGUUGUACCAUAAAUAAACAAGAGUACACCCAAUGGAGGGGAAGUGGUUUAGCGUUUGAAAUGAGGGAAGGCAUCUACCAAGUACCAAAUCCCAGCUUGCUGUCGUUUAGAGUGUUUAGUCAGGGCGGAAACAAAGUGGCUGCGAGAGGCUACUGGGGUGACAUCGUUUCUAGUCCCUACCUUUCCUUUGGCAUUAAAACCGAUGACAAGAGUCUACUCAAGACACAGAACGGGCAACAAGUAAAGACGGCGCAGGAUGUCUCUUAUGCAAACGUGCAGAUGAUGUUUCAGUCUUUGUUAAGCAGGCUGAAGAGCAGCUCCACUUCUCCAUCAGAGCCAAAGGAACCUAAAGCACAGACAGACCUCACCAUUAAUGACCUGAUGCAUCUGACUGGGGUCUCUGUUACUUUUCUGCCAAUGGAUUCAUUGCAAAAACUGUCUCAAAAAAAGCAGUACGAGAGCUUGUUUGACAUCAUUUAUCUCUCGGCCAGCUGUGUGCACCAUCUUGUCCCAAACAUCUCUCAGAUUGCAGCACCAGAUGCUGUGAUUGUCAUGGAGCUGGCCAAGUACAUUCUGGAUCUUGAUAAAGAGCAGGAAGCAGGAUUUUCCCAAAGAGUAAUGAGAAUUGCCCUUGAUGCUGGAUUUGAACCAUGGCAAAAUAAUAGUGACAGUAAUGACGAUAACGCUCACAGUGUUUUCACACUGCAGCAGAAGAAAUAGCGACGUCCUGCUCAGCUUACAAUGGCUUUGCAUCUACACUCCAGAAAAUAAGUUCCUGCUCCUGAAAAUGUAAAACAUUUUAAAAUUGUUUUUGUUUAGAUUUUUAGAAUUUAUGGGACCUGCUACGAACACGCUUUGUGUUGUUUUAACCAAUAAAAAACAGUUGUCCUUCA